AUGAAUAGCGAAAACGAAAGCAACGUGGCCGAGGCCUUGCGGCUCCUUACCGCCCUCGAGGGCAGCGUUAAGGAGGUGGCCGCAAGCCUCGAUGCGAAAAUAAAACCGGAGGUGGCCGCCGUGAAAGUGGACAUUUUGGCGUCCCUGUGGCGGGACGGGAACGCCGCGCUGAUGCGCGUCGAAGGAAUCACCGGCCCCCAUCCGCGCAGGGGCCCCUUCACGGAGGCUUAUGCGGCAGCCAUGGCGGCUGCAAGCAGGUGCCGUGACGGAGCUGCCUCCAAGCCGUCCAUUUUGGACGCCACGAUGGCGGGGCAACCAUCGCGGGCAGACCACCUGCCACGCAUUGAGCUGCCCAAGUUCGAAGGAUCGCCCUCCGAAUGGCCCGCGUUCUCGAACCGGUUCGAGAAGCGCGUGGCCGGGCUGUCGGAGGAUUCCGACAAAUUCGCCUUCCUUCACAAGUGCCUCGAGCGAUGCGACAUCGCGAGGCACAGCUGCGAGGCAUUUGAGAACGCCGGCAUGCCGUUCGCCCAAGCUUGGGCCAAGCUGGAGGAGAGAUUCUAUAAGAAGCGGGUGGCAUUUAUGGGCCACAUCCGCAAAAUCCUCGAAUUGCCCAGGAUGAGCGCGUCUACGCCGGGCUCCAAGAAUGCAGUCCGGAGUCAUUCCAUCAGUGACGAUGCCUCCACCAAUGCUGCCACAAACCAUGCCGUGCGGAGUUAUUCCACCAAUAAGGGUACCUCCACCCAUGCAGUCUCCACCAAUGCUGCCUCAAAGCACGUAGUCCGGAGUAAUUCCAACAGUGAGGAUGCCUCCACCGACGGGCCCUUCAAACAUGCACUCUGGAGUCAUUCCGGGAGUCAAACAUCUUCGGUCCAAACAAAUAGGUGUAAGGCGGGAUCCAAGAAUGCACUCCGGAGUCAUUCCAUCAGUGACGAUGCCUCCACCAAUGCUGCCACAAACCAUGCCGUGCGGAGUUAUUCCACCAAUAAGGGUACCUCCACCCAUGCAGUCUCCACCAAUGCUGCCUCAAGGCACGUAGUCCGGAGUAAUUCCAACAGUGAGGAUGCCUCCACCGAAGGUGCCUUCAAACAUGCACUCACAUGGAGUCAUUCCGGGAGUCAAACAUCUUCGGUCCAAACAAAUAGGUGUAAGGCGGGAUCCAAGAAUGCACUCCGGAGUCAUUCCAUCAGUGACGAUGCCUCCACCAAUGCUGCCACAAACCAUGCCGUGCGGAGUUAUUCCACCAAUAAGGGUACCUCCACCCAUGCAGUCUCCACCAAUGCUGCCUCAAAGCACGUAGUCCGGAGUAAUUCCAACAGUGAGGAUGCCUCCACCGAAGGUGCCUUCAAACAUGCACUCACAUGGAGUCAUUCCGGGAGUCAAACAUCUUCGGUCCAAACAAAUAGGUGUAAGGCGGGAUCCAAGAAUGCACUCCGGAGUCAUUCCAUCAGUGACGAUGCCUCCACCAAUGCUGCCACAAACCAUGCCGUGCGGAGUUAUUCCACCAAUAAGGGUACCUCCACCCAUGCAGUCUCCACCAAUGCUGCCUCAAGGCACGUAGUCCGGAGUAAUUCCAACAGUGAGGAUGCCUCCACCGAAGGUGCCUUCAAACAUGCUCUCACAUGGAGUCAUUCCGGGAGUCAAACAUCUUCGGUCCAAACAAAUAGGUGUAAGGCGGGAUCCAAGAAUGCAGUCCGGAGUCAUUCCAUCAGUGACGAUGCCUCCACCAAUGCUGCCACAAACCAUGCCGUGCGGAGUUAUUCCACCAAUAAGGGUACCUCCACCCAUGCAGUCUCCACCAAUGCUGCCUCAAGGCACGUAGUCCGGAGUAAUUCCAACAGUGAGGAUGCCUCCACCGACGGGGCCUUCAAACAUGCACUCUGGAGUCAUUCCGGGAGUCAAACAUCUUCGGUCCAAACAAAUAGGUGUAAGGCGGGAUCCAAGAAUGCAGUCCGGAGUCAUUCCAUCAGUGACGAUGCCUCCACCAAUGCUGCCACAAACCAUGCCGUGCGGAGUUAUUCCACCAAUAAGGGUACCUCCACCCAUGCAGUCUCCACCAAUGCUGCCUCAAGGCAUGUAGUCCGGAGUAAUUCCAACAGUGAGGAUGCCUCCACCGAAGGUGCCUUCAAACAUGCACUCACAUGGAGUCAUUCCGGGAGUCAAACAUCUUCGGUCCAAACAAAUAGGUGUAAGGCGGGAUCCAAGAAUGCACUCCGGAGUCAUUCCAUCAGUGACGAUGCCUCCACCAAUGCUGCCACAAACCAUGCCGUGCGGAGUUAUUCCACCAAUAAGGGUACCUCCACCCAUGCAGUCUCCACCAAUGCUGCCUCAAGGCACGUAGUCCGGAGUAAUUCCAACAGUGAGGAUGCCUCCACCGAAGGUGCCUUCAAACAUGCACUCACAUGGAGUCAUUCCGGGAGUCAAACAUCUUCGGUCCAAACAAAUAGGUGUAAGGCGGGAUCCAAGAAUGCACUCCGGAGUCAUUCCAUCAGUGACGAUGCCUCCACCAAUGCUGCCACAAACCAUGCCGUGCGGAGUUAUUCCACCAAUAAGGGUACCUCCACCCAUGCAGUCUCCACCAAUUCUGCCUCAAAGCACGUAGUCCGGAGUAAUUCCAACAGUGAGGAUACCUCCACCGAAGGUGCCUUCAAACAUGCACUCACAUGGAGUCAUUCCGGGAGUCAAACAUCUUCGGUCCAAACAAACAGGUGUAAGGCGGGAUCCAAGAAUGCAGUCCGGAGUCAUUCCAUCAGUGACGAUGCCUCCACCAAUGCUGCCACAAACCAUGCCGUGCGGAGUUAUUCCACCAAUAAGGGUACCUCCACCCAUGCAGUCUCCACCAAUGCUGCCUCAAGGCACGUAGUCCGGAGUAAUUCCAACAGUGAGGAUGCCUCCACCGAAGGUGCCAUUAAACAUGCACUCACAUGGAGUCAUUCCGGGAGUCAAACAUCUUCGGUCCAAACAAAUAGGUGUAAGGCGGGAUCCAAGAAUGCAGUCCGGAGUCAUUCCAUCAGUGACGAUGCCUCCACCAAUGCUGCCACAAACCAUGCCGUGCGGAGUUAUUCCACCAAUAAGGGUACCUCCACCCAUGCAGUCUCCACCAAUGCUGCCUCAAGGCACGUAGUCCGGAGUAAUUCCAACAGUGAGGAUGCCUCCACCGAAGGUGCCUUCAAACAUGCACUCACAUGGAGUCAUUCCGGGAGUCAAACAUCUUCGGUCCAAACAAAUAGGUGUAAGGCGGGAUCCAAGAAUGCACUCCGGAGUCAUUCCAUCAGUGACGAUGCCUCCACCAAUGCUGCCACAAACCAUGCCGUGCGGAGUUAUUCCACCAAUAAGGGUACCUCCACCCAUGCAGUCUCCACCAAUUCUGCCUCAAAGCACGUAGUCCGGAGUAAUUCCAACAGUGAGGAUACCUCCACCGAAGGUGCCUUCAAACAUGCACUCACAUGGAGUCAUUCCGGGAGUCAAACAUCUUCGGUCCAAACAAACAGGUGUAAGGCGGGAUCCAAGAAUGCAGUCCGGAGUCAUUUCAUCAGUGACGAUGCCUCCAUUUUGGACACCACGGUGGCGGGGCAGCCAUCGCGGGCAGACCACCUGCCACGCAUCGAGCUGCCCAAAUUUGAAGGUUCGCCCUCCGAAUGGCCCGCGUUCUCGAGCCGAUUCUAG